CUUGCUUACCUUUACGUGUGUAGUACGGCGUACAGCUGCUUGUUUGCGAUAUUUUUUAGCAUCGUCGUCGUAUUUUCCGAGCAGCGAUUUUCCAUCGCUAAUGUUUCCUCGAUUAACCGAUCGCGUCGCGCACAGUUGAUGCUGUGCAGCCUGCAAACGGACGGUGGUGCUGCGUGGGUGUUUUUAUUUAGCUCAUCUCGUACGUACGAGAAACGAUCGCUAAAAACGCGCACCAAAUUUGCACGAUUGGCUCAGUGAGUGUAUAGCCAGCGAAAGUGCCAGAGAGGUACACCAGUGGAAAUUCGUCGCAGAUCAACCUGCGUCGCGUAGUCGGAAAAUUCCUCGCACGCGCUUUACGAGAACGUUCAGUGAAAGACUAGCUCUCAUUUCAUAACAUUGGCAGUGAAAAAAUAACGAGUACUCCCAGCUUCCGAAAUUGGAGGAUUUAGCUAGUACGGCGUGUACCGCUUUCAGUGACCGAAUGGAGGAGGAUACGGUUAAGGAAGCAAAUCUUCCCCGCGGUCGGGAGUUCAGCAAGCUGUCGCUGGUGCACCGUGUCUAUUUUGCCUGCAAAGAUGGGUUUGCAAAGCUACUGCUGGCCACUCUCAAGGAUAUUAGCUGCGAGCACGAUCGACGGGCCAUCGUUGAGCAGGAAAUAUGCGAAGAUGACAACCAGAUUUAUACACCGCUUAUCGUCGCAGCGAUGAAUGGUCACUACGACGUAGUUCGUAUUCUGCUGACCCAAUUGCAGCCUAACCUGGAGAAAGAAGGUUGCGUUAAGUUCGACGGUCAUCUUAUCGAAGGAGCUUCCGCUUUAUGGGUAGCGGCCGGUGCUGGCCGUUUGAACAUCAUUAAACUGCUGGUCGAACACGGAGCCGACGUUAAUCAUCAUACGCGGAAUCUGUCCACCCCGGUACGAGCUGCCUGUUUCGAUGGUCGUCUGGACAUAAUCCGCUACCUAGUAGAUCACAAGGCAAAUAUCAAUUUUGCCAAUGCUUACAACAAUACCUGCCUGAUGAUUGCCGCCUAUAAGGGCCAUGCCGAAGUUGUCGAAUAUUUACUGCAAAAUGACGCUCUACGGAAUGAACAAGCCAACUGUGGAGCCACCGCGUUGCAUUACGCAGCAGAGUGCGGCCACGUGGAUGUUUGUACCAUCCUGCUAGAUUAUGGAGCCGUAUUCAAAAGGAACGAAUACGGCAUGACACCGGUGAUCUGUGCUGCCGAAAGGACUAGAGAACCGGUCGUUCAACUUUUUGUUAACAGACCGAAUCUACUGACACGAGAGGAACAAAUAGAUGCGUUAGAACUGAUUGGUGCUUCCUUCGCCAACGACAAAGAUAACUACAGCUUAGUGAAAGCUUUCCACUACCUCAUAUCGGCGAUGGAACUGAGAUUUGAAGACAGUGAGAACAUCAUUCGAAAGCCUAUCUUGCCUUCUGUUCCUGCCUACGAGUAUUGGAUCGAGUGUCAAACGAUGCAGGACCUGCAGGCCAUUCGCUACAAUCAUAACUCUCUACACAUGGAAUCCCUCACAAUUCGGGAGCGCAUCCUUGGCCGACACUGUCCUGAGGUGGCCCAUUCUAUAGUGUUCCGUGGGGCCGUGUGUGCAGAUAACGGUAGAUUCGAUAGAUGCGAAAGUCUUUGGCUGCAUGCUAUGCGCCUGAAACAGCAGAAUGCCUUUUCAAUCCAGCGUGAUUUGCUCCGGUUUGCGCAACUGUUCUCACAAAUGCUCUCCAUUAACGUAACGUUACGGUUCAGUAAUGUUGUUGAUGUAUUGAGUGCGUGUGUGUCGGAACUAGCACUGAACCAACUGAAACUGGCCGAUCCUGGACCAAAGGAUAUACCGGAAGUGAUAGCAGAGGAAUAUGAACUGAACAUUGUGACAGUGUUGUAUCUGAUCACGAUAAUAACAAAACUUUUGAAAUUAAAGAGUAUUGAAGUUACGGAGGAGAAUCUGAUGGAUGUGUAUCGGUUGGUCUAUAAGCUAAACCAGAUGUCGGUGCGACUGAGAGACGACCAAUCACUCUUGCACCUGUCUGUAAAUGGAGUCACGCCAGUCGAUGAUUUUCACACGGAUGAUAUAUGCCGAUUUCCGUGUGUUGAUACCGUCAAGCUGUUGCUGAAAUGUGGUGCCUCCGUUGCUGUGGUUGAUGCCGAUCGAAAUACCCCACUGCAUACGCUCUGUUCUACGCUUCAAACUGCCAUCAUUCGGAUGUCCGAUAGUGAUGUAAAAGGAGUGGUCAAAGAUUUAACAGAAAUCUUUAUCGACGCCGGAAUUCACCUGGAUGCGGUCAACAACGACGGGCUGAAGGCGUCGCAGGUCUGCGUUCAGAAUUCAGUGGGAGCGUUCAUCAAGGGCUAUGAAACACGUGCAAUAAACUUGCAAUGUCUGGCUGCUCGGUGCAUAGCUUUACACCAUGUGUCUUUUAAGGAUGUGAUUCCUCGCCAGCUGGAGACAUUUGUACAGCUGCACUGUUCGGAAAAGUUUUAGGGACGGUGCCAGAUGCUUAACCAGUCUUCCAUGCCAACACAAAAAAAACGUAAUAAGCAAUGGUCUCUGUAGGUGCAAAGGUCAGAAGUUGCACAUAACGGUCAUAACUCCUUAUGGAUGCUUUUGGAAUGGCAGUACGUCUGUCAAUUCGGUAGCUAAAGUUUAAUAUUUGAUUCAACUUUUAUACAAUAAUUGUGAUUUCCGAGUGCAGCGUCAGGGCAAACCACAACGUGAGAACUCGAAGCAAAGUUUGUUUAAAUCUUCUCUAUUGUAUUACUACUUUAUUGUGGAGGACGGAUUUUUCUCGAAUGAAGUGAAGCCAUGAGAUUAUUUCUUCGAAAAUUACUGUGGUAAACGGAUAUUCUAAACAAUAGCGAAUAAAGUUGGUGAACUAUGUAUGUUCAAUGUUUGUGAAUAA